AUGCAAAAGGUGCUAUCUCGUCUUCUUAAGCAAUCUUUUGAUCAUGGAAAAAUUGGUCGCUUUACUCAAGCUAGAGGUACCCCUAUUAUUUCUCAUCUUAUGUAUGUUGAUGAUAUAGUCAUUUUUGCAAAUGGUGGUCGGAGGUCUUUAAGGAAUCUGAUGAAGGUUUUGCAGCUUUAUGAGAAUUGGACUGGCCAAGUCCUCAAUACGGAGAAGAGUGCUAUUUAUUUCUCUAAAAAGAUCUCGACCUACAGAAAGAAUUCUCUUCUUCAUCUCUCCGGUUUUUUGGAAGGUUCUUUUCCUUUUAAGUACCUGGGUGUGCCUAUUGUGGUGGGUAAAUUGAGGGCUUUUGAUUUUGGUGAACUUCUUGAGAAAGUAAAAAAGAAAAUCGUAGGUUGGAAAAUGAAACUGCUUUCUGCAGGUGGUCGUCUUAUUCUUCUCCGUCAUGUUUUGUCCAGUAUGGCCAUUCACCUUUUUGCUGUUUUACAUGUUCCAAAGGUUGUGAUCAAAGCUCUUAACAGAAUUUUGAGUUCCUUCUUUUGGGGUGACUCUGAUGGUAAAGGAAAAAAGAAAUGGAUUUCUUGGACUCAUAUUUGUAGACCUCCUGAUGAAGGAGGCUUGGGCAUCAGGGAUUUUAGCGAUAUUCAAGAGGCUUUACAUUGGAAAUUGGCCUGGCGCCUCAUUAAAGUUGACUAUAAGAGUUUCCAAGAUUUCCAACAAGGAUGUAAAUAUUCUUACUCGCCUGGAUAUCCCAGUUUUACCUAUGAUCCCGAAGAAGGUCCGAGUGAUGCGGUGGACUUGAACCCCUCAGGAUUGGGUGAAGCUUAA